AAGAACACUGUCAGUAUUUUCAAGCAGACAGGAAUCUUCCUAUCAGUGUGUCGACACAGAAUGGUCCAAACAAUUGCAGAGAUGCGGCAUAGUGAUGCAAAGUAUCCCCUUGCUACCAUCAACAAAUUAGUCAAUAUGUUUGGACACAAUCAGGCCAUUGGCAGUGACAUUGGCUGUAGCUUAGUGAAAACAGUUGCUACAAGCUUGAUCCACAACAAGGCUGCAGACCACCACCUAGUUCUCACUGUCAAUGCUUUCCAUGGACACAUGUACAACUGCAAAUGUCAACUUUGA